AUGGAAUUUGAGAAAACUAAUUUAGAUCUUGUUUUAGUUUUAAAAGAAUACCUAAAGAACAAAAAAAUAAUUCUUUUUCGUUUUCCUCGAGAGCUAUCUUUGUCUUUAAUUGACACUUUGUCAUUUGAUUCUAAUGAAAUUAAAGAAAUAAAAAUUAAGGAUUCUAAUACAAUUCAUUGUGUUUAUAAUGAUACAAUAUUGGAUAGUAAUGUUUUUGGGUUGUUAAUUCCUGUAAAUGGGUAUAAUACGUAUGAAAUAUAUCAAAAUUUUUAUUUUGCUGGUCAAUGUACUAUUAUUAUUACGGAAAAUGUUUCUGAAACUUCAUUUAUGAGUUCUGACGUUUCUAUUGCAAAACAGGUUCCAGAAAGCUUACAAAUGAGAUCUAACUCUGGAUUUGAAAAUAGUUUUGAAUAUACUGGAAUGUCUAAUUUAAACAAACAGUGUAAAAAUAAUUCGGUGCUGUAUAAAGAAACAUAUUUACAAAAUGUUGUUUCAAAAAAACAUGUAUAUGAUUGUGAAAGUGAUAAUAAAAUGAAAAAAAUUAAAUAUAAGAAAAAAUAA